AUGACGGAUAAAAGAACUAGGGUUAGUUGGAAGUCGGAAUUGGUGGACAAAACUUUUUUGGAAUCGUGUAUACAAGAAUCAACAAGUAAUGGGCGGGAGGGUAGUGGCCUAAAAGCAAGCUCAUGGGCUGUGGUCGCGGAGAAAUUGAAAACAGAUCAUAAUUUUGUUGUCGACAAAAAACAAAUGAAAAACCGAUACAACUAUUUAAAAGCAAAGUAUGCAGUGUGGUUAAAACUUAAAAACAAAACAGGAAAUAUUUACAAUCCCGUAACAAAUUCUUUUAACAUGACUAAUGAAGAAUGGGAAGCGGAAGCGAAGUUGAACAAGUAUGUAGAUAAGCUGAGAAAUGCACCCCUCCCUUGCCCUAAUCUUUUUACCCAACUAUUUGAUGGGGCGACCUCGACCGGUGUUCACAGUUGGGGGCCAUCUUCGACACUACCUCAUCCCAAUGAAACCUUCAGUACACAUGAUUUUGAGGAUACAGAGAUGGAAGAGCCGACACCUCAUCCAGAUACCCCAAGCUCAACCGUACCUCAACCUACUAGUGAGGAAUCAUCUGGGCGGACAAAAAACAAAGGGGGCAAACGAAAUGGUCCUAAAGAAACCACACUUGAUGAUGAGUUGAAAGAAGUUGGAAAAGAAAUUAUCAAGGCUGCACAAGCAUUCACGGAAGCAAAUAAUCUUGACAAGGAGAUGGAUGCUUGUAUGGCAAGGUUGACAAGCUUGGAGUGGGGAGAAUAUGAUCCGAAAUACACCACUGCUCUUAUGUUAUUUGCUGAAAGUGCUGGACACAUGGAUAAAGAAGUUGAUUUUUUAUAUUUCCUUAUAUUCUCGUGGUAUUGGUUGAUGUUGGUCCGACAAAGGCAAAGAAUAAUUAAAAGAAUAAGAGCUAGCGAACAGCAAAAAGAUGGUGAUGAUGAAAGUGGAACUGGUUACAUGAUCCCCAUUAACAUCUUUUACUUUAUAGAUGUCAAAGUGACCCAAUAUGGUGAUGUUGGUUCAACAUUCAUCCAUACAAUGUUUGGUGGAUAG